UCUUGUGGGAACCCUCCCACCAGAAAUUGGGAAUCUUUCUUUCCUUGUCUCUUUAAAUGCGAGUGAGAACUCUUUUCAUGGCCCCAUUCCCCCAUCUAUCUUCAACAUGUCAUUUCUAGAAGUUUUGGAAGUAAGGAAUAAUAGUUUGUCUAGUAGUUUACCUCUUGAUAUGUGCAAACGCAAUCUGCAUAGACUCAAGAGGCUUCGUUUGUCUUACAACAAGAUGUAUGGGGAAAUACCAUCGAGUUUGGGGCAGUACUGUUCACAGCUUGAGUAUCUUUCUUUGUCCAACAACAAUUUCACUGGAUUUGUGCCGAGAGAAAUUGGGAACUUGACGAAGCUUCAAGAGUUGUACCUUGGUGUAAAUAAGUUGACUGGUACUAUUCCGAAAGAGAUUGGAAAUCUUCAUAAUUUGCAGGAAUUGUGGUUGCAUUCCAACGAACUUAGCGGAUCAAUCCCGAGAGAAGUGGGGAACAUGACAGCUUUGGUCAACUUAAGCCUCGGCAAUAAUAGUUUAAGUGGUAUGAUUUAUUAUUCACCUAGCCACAAGUUUAGCUCCUCAAGCUAGCUUACGAGUUAAUUUCUUUUUCUCUUAUUUCAUUUUAUCUUCGUUAAUUAUACUAUGUUUAAAAAGAAUGCAAUACAUCUAUACUAAUAUAAAAAGAGUUUUGGACACAACACACAACGUGUGGAUUGUCUCUAUU